AUGUUGUUUUUUUGCAUCAUAAUUUUCAAAUUCGUCGCAAGUAAUUCAAAUUUGUCUUGUCGCAAUGGUAACGGUGCUGCUGUGGACUGGUACGUUUUGUACAAAGUUCCACGGGCUACAGCAAAAAUGAUCAAAAUGGGCAAUGUGAAAAACAAGGAAACGUUUUAUUAUGCAGACAACACCAGUUCAACGUUGAUGUACAAAGAACACAGCGUGAACGAUUCUGAAGGAAACCCGUUAUUUCACACACUGCAGCAAAUUUAUGAUAAUGAACCACUUGAAUACGCUAUGUAUAAUGACCAACCUCCAACUGGAAGCGGUGGAAGGAAAUAUGGACACACAAAAGGUGCCUAUGCUUUUGAUGACGAAUCUGGUUUUUGGAUGAUAUCAAGCAUACCGAAGUUUCCCCAACCUAAAAACAUUGGUUAUCUGUAUGGAGAAAGCCAACUGGAAUAUGGACAGACUGUAUUAUGUGUGACUGUCCGAUUCACAUUGUUACAAACAAUGAAUAUCUACAAAGAACUUGUUUCACCUGGACUGCAUGAUUCUUUGUGUGUCCUCACGUGGCGAGCCAGGUUACCUUCAACGAUCAAUGUGUAUGAUAUUAGAGAGGUGAAGUUCCAAGACAACUACUCCUUUUUAGCAAAGAGGGACCAUUCUAAGUGGGCUGUAACGAAAUCGUUAGACUGGACGUGUAUUGGAGACUUGAACAGAAGAAAGUCACAGUACAAAAGAGGUGGACUUACAGUCUGUCUACAAAAGAAUACCUUAGCACAACAAUUCCGCAGUCUAUCUCCCUGUGGAAGACGACGAAGUUUAGGACCAAGAGGAACGUGUUCUUAA